AUGCUGCUCGCAUCGGGGUCGUCGUUCCGCGGCACCCAGUACGGCGCCCAUCAUCAUCACUCCGUCCACCAUCAGAGUGGUGCCUUUUACGGCGCAGGCACCGCCACGCUCGAGAUGUCAAAUCUCUACCAGAGCCCCGGCAGCAUCAACGUUACCGUCAGCGCGAACAGCAACAACCCGUACAUUGGAGUGCGCAUGACGCCGGAGACGACACUACUGCAGCCACAGUCGGCCGCGCAUGGCCGCAGUGCCGAAGCGGGCCCCCGCACCGAGCCGAACCAGCACGAUACAAGGUUUAGAGAGGCGCAGCAGCCGUGGAUGACAUCGGCACUGCCGGUGCAGGUAGUGCCGGUGUACGUGCACGGCUCGCGCCACAGCAACCCGCAGUCGUCCCCGGUCGCCGCCGCUCUGGGAGAGGGCAAUAGGAACUCCAGCGGCGCCGCUCGCGCCGCCUCGGAGGGCUACGCCAUCAUGACGAACCGACCGCCGGGGCUCAUACCCACCGCGAUAAACCAACUUGAUCGCGCCUACCUCGAGCCUCGUUCCCCGGUGCCCCCACAGCAGCAGCAGCAGCGCGUCCCUCAUAUUUAUCUGUCCCAUGCGGCGGCCAUGCCAGCAGCAGGGUCGACAACCAUUUCAAUCGGCAGCACCAGCGUAGGUGACGCCAGCGGCACCCGCAGUGUCGCCUGCGACGCGACGCGGCAGUUUUCUUCCUUUCCCGCCGUCGCGGUCUCGGUCUCGCCAGUGCCGUUGGAGGAGAUGGAGCCGGCCCCCGACGGCUGCAGCAGCUCCAGCCUUACUGCAUCCAUUGCAGCAGACGACGACUUGCCGCGUCGACAGCUAGCCAUCCCUGCUCGCUCGCCUCAUCGCCCAUAUAAAGCGGUGAGCCCUGCACGGCCGCGGUGCGCCAUUCAAUCCCCGUUCUCAACGCCCCCACGCUACCGGGGCGCGUGUGCCUAUGCGCUGGGCUCGUCGCAGACGGGCCUGCCGAGCGACACAGAACCCCAAUCCACACCCGCCUCUAGUGACACGGCCGCGGCACCGCUCUAUCCACGCCAGCACAGCCGCAACGACGCAGGCGCGCGCUCGGCAGACGGCGACAAAGUUCAGGGCUACAGCGACAGGCGUCUCCCAUCUCAGCAGAGCUACGGUGGAGCGUCGUCAGCGAAAGGUGUGCCGGCGCACGCGUUGGCCGAGGUCGGCGCUGCUCAGGGCCGGCCGUUGCCAUCAGUGCAGCUCAUGCCUGCCGCUUCCACAGACGGCAAGAGUGGCGCUGUGCAAGCGCCAAAGGAGAGCCGUCCACGGAGUGGCGCAGCGGCGUAUCAAGCGCAGGGCGAGAACGACGUCGAGGACUCCGACGAGGAUGGAAAGGGUGGCGACGAGGAGGAGGGGUCUCUCGCUGCACCAGAUGCCGCACAGAGGAAGAAGAAGCGCGUGCGUCGUAACCGCAAGCCAAAGGCGCUGGAGGAUCUGCCUCCGGUCACGUCCAUGAAGUACCUCCCACCACCGCCACCGCCACCACCGGCGUUGCCGAGACAACCCGACCACGCAGGCGCUGCAGCUAACGACGCGUCGUCGUCCUCCGCGUUCGACAGGUACUACGCAGUACUGCUGCGGUGGUACGCGCGCUUGCUUGCCGACGAGGCCGACGUUGUGGACAUCGCCACCGCAAGUAGCUUUGAUGCCGCCACGGCGGUGGCUGCCAUGAGCACGGAGGCACGUCAGGCCCGCGACGGCGGCUACGCCGUGGAUGAUAAGCUGCCGUCUGCCUGUCCACUGCAGUACCUACACUCCGGCUCCAUCAGCUCGCCUAUGGGCUCUAUCUCUCUGUCGCUCAUGUUGAAGCCGUCGCUUGCCUACUUUGGCAGCAGCGGUAGCGGUAGUGGCAGAAACGCUGAGGUGCACGUUCGAUGCCCCCGUAUUGAGCAGUACAUGGAUGCGUGCGACAUUCCGGCCGAGCUGCGUCUCUUCCCUACCCCCAACACCGCGGAGACACAGGCAACUGGCGCUGCCCCGGCGGCGCUGCCGCACUCCGUGAAGGACGUGCCGAGCGCGGUGCGUUGGGCGCGCGACCUCCAGACGUGGUGGUUCUGCUACCUCUUCCCGCACGCGGCUCACACGCGUCACCAGCCGCCCGCUGCGUGGCCGCAGAUGCCGCCGGCCUCCAUGUCGCCGGGACGUCUCACCAUCCCGCACACAGGCUCUGGCGGAGUCCCACAGGACUAUCCCUACCGCUGGUCAACCACAGUGCCGCAGCCGAUGAUGAUGAACUCCAUACCGGGGGUAUGCAACGUGCAUGACAGUGCUGCAAUGGGCAGUGGUCACCCCAUGACUGCAAACAGGGUUCGCUCAUCAGUCGUUGCGCACAUGCCCAUGCAGCAUCAGAUGCCGCCCCCUCCACCGCGGAUGCCGCCAGGAUAUUUGAAGGUCCUGCACUCGACCUACUAA